UUAAUCAUAUAAUACAGUUCUGGAUGGAAGCUCAGGCUGCUUCUUCCCGGCCACAGGAUAUUGACCUAGUUUCCCCUUCUUAUCUCUGUGCAAAAUAUUUGUUGUACUUAGUGUGUUCUCCCUGUCACAACGAAUGUUUGUCUCUUCCUUUCAUAUGAACGGAAUGCUGAAGUACUAGUUAAAUCAGUGGAAAAAACAAUGGAGAAGAAAAGUUGGAAGAGACAAUGGCCAAAAUGGAGGUGAAAACGUCACUUCUGGACAAUAUGAUUGGGGUUGGAGAUAUGGUUCUUUUAGAGCCUCUCAACGAGGAGACCUUCAUCAACAACCUCAAGAAGCGCUUUGACCAUAAUGAAAUAUACACGUACAUUGGAAGUGUGGUUAUAUCGGUUAACCCAUACCGGUCCUUACCCAUUUAUUCACCGGAGAAAGUAGAAGAUUACAGGAAUAGAAAUUUUUAUGAACUGAGCCCUCACAUCUUCGCCCUGUCAGAUGAAGCAUACAGAUCCCUGAGAGAUCAAGAUAAGGACCAAUGUAUUCUCAUUACUGGGGAGAGCGGAGCAGGAAAAACAGAGGCCAGCAAGCUUGUCAUGUCGUAUGUAGCGGCCGUUUGUGGAAAAGGAGCAGAAGUGAACCAAGUCAAAGAACAGCUUUUACAGUCCAACCCAGUCCUGGAAGCUUUUGGAAAUGCCAAGACUGUAAGGAAUGACAACUCCUCUAGAUUUGGCAAAUAUAUGGAUAUUGAAUUUGAUUUUAAAGGCGAUCCACUGGGAGGAGUGAUAAGUAACUACUAUGUGUUAGACUAUAGUGUGAGCAUGCAUGACAACAGCUUUGAGCAGUUCAUUAUUAAUUAUUGUAAUGAAAAGCUACAACAAAUCUUCAUUGAACUGACUCUUAAAGAAGAGCAGGAGGAAUAUAUACGGGAGGGCAUAGAAUGGACACACAUUGACUAUUUCAAUAAUGCUAUCAUUUGUGACCUAAUAGAAAAUAACACAAAUGGGAUCCUGGCCAUGCUGGAUGAGGAGUGCCUGAGACCUGGCACGGUCACCGACGAGACCUUCUUGGAGAAGCUCAACCAAGUUUGCGCCACUCACCAGCACUUUGAGAGCAGGAUGAGCAAGAGCUCUAGGUUUCUUAAUGACACAUCCCUGCCUCACAGCUGUUUCAGAAUUCAGCACUAUGCUGGCAAGGUGCUGUAUCAAGUGGAAGGAUUUGUUGACAAAAACAAUGAUCUUCUCUAUCGAGACCUGUCCCAAGCCAUGUGGAAAGCUGGCCACACCCUCAUCAAGUCUCUGUUCCCCGAAGGGAACCCCGCCAAGAUCAACCUGAAAAGGCCUCCUACAGCAGGCUCUCAGUUCAAGGCGUCUGUGGCCACACUGAUGAAAAACCUCCAGACCAAGAAUCCAAACUACAUUAGGUGCAUCAAACCAAAUGAUAAAAAAGCAGCACACAUCUUCACCGAGGCUCUAGUGUGUCAUCAGAUCAGGUACCUGGGUCUUUUGGAGAAUGUUCGAGUGAGGAGGGCAGGCUACGCCUUCAGGCAGGCCUAUGAACCAUGCCUAGAAAGAUACAAAAUGCUUUGUAAACAAACAUGGCCUCAUUGGAAAGGACCAGCAAGGGCUGGCGUGGAGGUUCUGUUUAAUGAAUUAGAGAUUCCUGUGGAAGAAUACUCCUUUGGUAGAUCAAAGAUAUUCAUCCGGAACCCGAGAACAUUAUUCAAACUAGAAGACCUGAGGAAACAGCGUCUUGAGGACUUGGCCACUCUCAUUCAGAAGAUUUAUCGGGGGUGGAAAUGCCGCACACACUUCCUGCUAAUGAGAAAAAGCCAGAUCGUGGUAGCCGCCUGGUAUAGGAGAUACGCGCAACAAAAGAGGUAUCAGCAGAUCAAGAGUUCUGCCUUGGUAAUUCAGUCUUAUAUCCGGGGUUGGAAGGCCCGGAAGAUCCUGCGGGAACUGAAGCACCAAAAGCGAUGUGAGGAGGCAGCCACCACCAUUGCGGCCUAUUGGCGUGGGACCCAGGCGCGAAGGGAACUGAGCCGGCUGAAGGAGGAGGCUAGGAAUAAACAUGCUAUUGCAGUUAUUUGGGCUUACUGGCUUGGAUCUAAGGCUCGAAGGGAAUUGAAACGCUUGAAGGAGGAGGCUAGGCGUAAGCAUGCAGUUGCUGUCAUUUGGGCUUACUGGCUUGGACUGAAGGUACUUCCCCACCCCUUCUUUCUGCCCACGGUGAACUCAACGAAGCCUAGCACUUACUCUAUCCUUAAUUAUGAUAGUCUACCUCUUGCUUUGUCCUUGCAGGGGUCUGAAGCAGCCAGUAAAGGAGACUUUCUCUUCAGCAGUGAUCACCUGAUUGAAAUGGCCACCAAGCUGUAUCGGACGACUCUCAGCCAAACCAAACAGAAGCUCAAUAUCGAAAUUUCUGAUGAGUAUGUACAUAAUCGUUUGAAUGUGCCGUCUCACUUUUAGCUUUAUUGCUGUAGUCGAGCACUCCAGUCUCAUCUGUUUAUACAGCCGCUCCCUUUAAGCAGUGAGUGUGUGUCUGGGGUUUGUUCUAAAUGGUGGAUGGGCAGUGAAUGGUGCUGGUCUAGUCCUUGCCUUCAUGUCCUGGACAUCCUGGUGAAAGAGAUAAAUAUGCAUAAAUAAGAAAUAGGAGAUAUGACUUUGGUUAGUGACAAGUGCCUGUGGAGGGAAACAAAGCAGGGUAAGGGCCAGAGGGUGCUCUAUUUUUGAUAGGGAGGUCAGGGAGCCUUGUUUGAUGCCGUGACAUUUGAGUCAAGACUGGAAUCAAGGGAGCAAGCCAGGCAACAACCCGGGAGGUGCCUUCCAGGGCAGAGGACAGCAGGUGUAAAGGCCCUGAGACAGCAGUGAAAGUGGCAGAGUGAAAUGGUAGGAAAAGACUCGGGAGAGACAGGCGGAGACCCGGCCAUGUAGAGCUGGAGGAACUUAGCUAAGGAGCUGAGAUUUUACUGUGGAUGAUAGAAUGCCAUUACGGGAUUUAAGCAAGGGGGCGGCAUGAUCCAAUUUGUGAUUUUCAAAGAUCGCUUUGGCUGCAGCAUGGAAAAUAGCUCUAGGGAGGCAAGAGUGGAAGCAGAAAAAAGUUAGGAGCUUCUCUGAGCUGUCUAGGAUGAUGUGGCUUAGGCUAGGGUGUGAGUGGGAGGUAGUGAGAAGUAGUCAGAUUCCAAAUGUAAUUUGGAGGAAAACAAGAGGACUUAUUAACAGAUUAGAUGCUAGAUUUGGGGCCUGAGCCCAAAUGGUGGUACCAUUUACUGCAAUAGAUGACACUGAAGAAAGAGCGGUUUGGGGGUGGCCAGGGGGCGUGAAGUCAAGAGUGCUGUUUUGGAUGUGUUAUAUUUGUGACGCCUUUUUUUUAACCAAAUCACUGAGGAAUUUUUUUAAAUAGCUCUUUCAGAAUGAGUGAUAGGUUAGGUCAGUGCUUCUCAAGCCUGAAUG